GACUUUUCCUUGAGGGUCCGUUAUCAAAAAAGCGAUAUCAGAUUGUUUACUUCUAAAUGUAACCACGUGGUUGUGUUGUGGCUAGCCAGGGCAGACGAAACAAACAAAGCUUUGAUCAUAGUCGCCCGCCCGGCCGUCGUCACCCCUCUAUCGACUUUUUUGAUCCAGGGCGAUAGUCGGCGGAAGUUCGAGCUUUUGAUAACAAACCUCGACGGGACGGACAAGGAGAAAAGCGCGCCAGGUACAAUGGACGGGCAGACUGAGAGCCAAUACGAAUCUGGUUUCUCUUCUUCGAGCGAAGAAGAGGACAACUCUCACCUAAAAGAGAUAUUACAAGAUGCAGUUGUUGAAAACAUGUUCAACAGUCAGUCCAAUUCACAAAAAAUGGGUUCCAUUCAAAAGGAAGAGAGGGUUAAGGUGGUUGAGAAUAAAAACAUCGAUACCUAUUUGGCUCAUGUUUUGACUGAACGUUUAGAAAGGGAGAUUGACAUUGUUCACAAACCAAACACUUCAGGUUGUGUCUUCGAAAAAUCUCAUAAUAUGAAUUUGGUUCGAAACAAAUCAGACAUACAACUUCUGAGCACAUCUGAAGCGCCUUUACUUAUUGACGAUACGGAUGAAGACGUCCUCAUUGUUGACACUGAUUGUGAGAAACAACCUGAAAAACCGAAAAGACCACUCAGCAAGAAGAAGAAAAGGGAGUUGGAGAACCAAGCAAAGGAAGCUGCUGUUACGUCUGAGUGGGUUUGUGAUCAAUCAUACACGAGCCAUUGGGUGGAUUCGAAAAAACCAAAGAUCAUGAAGCUGAAACUAAUCAGGAAACACAAAGAUGGAAAACUUGAGUGUGCUUCAAAAUAAAUACUUUUUAUAUUUUAUUAUGGUUUAUUCUAAAUCUGUUUGACAGUAAUAUAAAAUCAAGUAUUCAGUUUUUUUUGUUUUUUUUUUGUGUAAACUUUCAUGUAACAUUAUCAAUUACGAUGUUACUAUUUUGCAUGAUUAUGUGAGAACACAUAUUUUCAUAUUACUUGAUCUCAAUUAUUUUUUGUUUUGUUAAUUUUGAAUAUGAAUUUAUUAUAAAAGCUGUCUACAUUAAGUUACAGAUUGCUCUCUAUUAUUUAAGAAGUACAAAUAUUUUAUUUUGUUGUUAAUAGAAAUGAUAAUAGUUUUCA